UCGCUCGGUUCUACUACACUUGCCAGGCGUGUUGUUGUGCGGUCACGAACGUUUUACUGUUUUAUUACUCACACUGAUUCUCUCGUUACAAGGCUCGCUAUACGAAAGCUCCAAUCUGGAUCGAGGCGGCAACAACAGGAAGAAGAAGAUAGAGGAAUUCUCUAGGUCUUCUCGGGAGAAAAUAGUCCAGUCCAAGAACAAAAUGUUCUCCAAAUUUACGUCAAUUCUCCAGCACGCAGUGGAAGCGCUUGCUCCAUCACUACCACUGCAGGAGGACUUUGUCUAUCACUGGAAAGCCAUUACACAUUAUUACAUUGAAACAUCGGAUGACAAAGCGCCAGUCACAGACACCAACAUCCCAUCCCACCUGGAACAGAUGCUGGAAAUUCUGAGUCAGGAGGAAGGAGAACGGGAGUCUGGAGAGACUGGACCCUGCAUGGAGUAUCUCCUGCACCACAAGAUUCUGGAGACGCUUUACACUUUGGGCAAGGCAGAUUGUCCUCCAGGAAUGAAGCAGCAGGUCCUAACUUUCUACACAAAGCUGCUAGCACACAUCCGUCAACCUCUCCUGCCACAUAUCAAUGUUCACAGACCAGUUCAGAAACUGAUCCGCCUGUGUGGGGACGUACUUGCUGCUCCUACAGAAAAUGAAGAGAUUCAGUUCCUUUGUAUAGUUUGUGCCAAACUGAAGCAGGAUCCAUAUCUUGUCAACUUCUUCCUCGAGAACAAGCCUAAGAGAAAUGAGACCAAGAGUCCUGGUGGGGCAGAUGGACUGAAAGACAGCGUGUUGGCUCCAGACACUGGUCAAGAACAUGCAAAAGGCGGUGAGGCGCCACAAGCUGCUGCCUCGAUCUCAAGUCCAACCAACAACAACAACAACAACAAUUAUAAUCUGGUUACCUCGCUGCUCAACCUUACAAAGAGCCCCGAUGGCAGGAUUGUGGUGAAGGCUUGUGAAGGCCUUAUGCUGCUGGUCAGUUUACCAGAACCUGCAGCUGCCAGGUGCUUGACUGAGAACACUGAGCUCUGUGAGCUUCUGACCGACAGGCUGGUCACCCUGUAUAAAGCCCUUCCACCAUCCAUGGACCCUUUGGACAUCGAGACAGUGGAGUCCAUCAACUGGGGUCUCGAUGUGUAUAAUGUGAAAGAGGAUGCUGCAGUGUUUGCAGGGAAGAGGCCUCUCAUCUCCUUCCUGUCGUGGCUGGAUUACUGCGAUCAGCUCAUCAAAGAAGCUCAGAAGUCGGCGGCAUCUGUGAUGGCCAAGGCAGUGCGAGAAAGAUUCUUUGUGUGCGUGAUGGAGCCGCAGCUUGUGCAGACGUCAGAGGUGGGCAUCCUCACCUCGACAGCCCUGUUGAAUAGGAUCAUCAGGCAGGUGACGUCCGAGGCGCUGCUUCAGGAGAUGGUCUUCUUUCUUUUGGGGGAGGAGAGUGAGGCCGAGACGCCGUCUGCGAUCGCUCAGAAUCCCCUCAGACACAGACUCAUCGAGCACUGUGACCACCUUUCAGAUGAGAUCAGCAUCAUGACCCUGAGGCUCUUUGAGCAGCUCAUCCAGAAGCCCAACAAGCACAUCCUGCACAGUUUAGUGCUGCGUAACCUGGAGGAGAGGAACUACCUGGAGAACAAACCUCCCGAGGAGCGAGAGCCCAUUGAAAACGGCCAGCCUCAUGACGCUGUAGACCUGGAGGAGGAUCCGCUGUUUGGCGACGACCUCUCUCCAGACAGCCGUCUCUCUUCGUGCGAUUGGCUCAGCCCCUCUCCGUCCCAGAGUCCGGACCACUCCAAGUCUGAGGGGAAAACAGAAGUCCACAAGAUCGUCAACAGUUUCCUGUGUUUGGUGCCCGACGAGGCAAAGUCGUCGUACUUUGUGGAAGGAAGCGGCUAUGACACGUACCUCCGAGACGCGCACAGACAGUUCCGAGACUAUUGUGGAGUCUGUCAGUGCUGGGACUGGAGAGGAACCCCGAAACCCUUUGAGAAAUGCAACUUGGAGCGCCCCUUCUUUGAGGGUCACUUCCUUAAGGUCCUCUUUGACAGGAUGGGUCGCAUUCUAGAUCAGCCGUACGACGUCAACCUGCAAGUGACGGCAGUUAUGUCCAAACUGUCCUUGUUACCGCACCCCCACCUGCACGAGUACCUGCUGGACCCCUACAUUAACCUGGCUCCCGGAUGCAGGUCUCUGUUCUCCGUUGUGGUCAGGGUGGUGGGGGACCUCAUGUUGAGGAUUCAGCGCAUCCCAGACUUCACCCCCAAACUGCUGCUGGUGAGGAAGAGGUUGUUGGGUCUGGAGCCCGAGGGCAUCACUAUCGACCACAUGACCCUGCUGGAGGGGGUGAUCGUGCUCGAGGAGUUCUGCAAAGAGCUGGCGGCCAUCGCCUUCGUCAAAUACCACGCCACUGCCUCGUCGUCGCCGUAGCAGUUGGAACGCUCUUCUUACCGGGCUGCCCCAACGCCGCCGCCAAGUGGACGUCCGCACAAGACUGGUUCUGUCGCGUCUCGGUCUCAAGUGUGGGGCCGAGCUCCAUCACUGCCCCUCCAGCAGAUGAACAUGAUCAACAUCUGCAUCUUCAUUCACUGCCUAGCCAGUCAUCAUCAUCAUCGCCAUGGACCUAUUGUGCUUGGGACAAACAGAUGGUUGUAUUUAUUAGCAGUCAUGGACGUCAUCGCCUACGUGUGCGAGCACACUUUUUUGUUUUUUUCUUUUUGGGACAUUUUGAUCUUGCCAAUACUUGCCACGUUCAUAGACGUGAAGUUAACAUUCACCUUGGACUGUAGUAUGAACAAUACUGCACACACCUUUUAAAAUGACAAGCCCUCGUAUUUAUUUAUUUGCUUUCAGGUCGCCUUUCUUUUUAAACCAAUGUGGUAUUGGGAUGCUUUUAAUGCGGUUGACGAGCAGAUGAUUUUUGUUCAUCCAAAACGAAGCUUCACCGGCGUAAUCCAAAGAUGUCACCAUCCAAUGUGGUGUGUUGAGGAGCCGGGGGACUUUUGCACAUGCACUUGUUACGUUUUCACUUGCUUUUUAGACAUUUGUACAAAGCUACAAAGCCUCUCACAGUUCCGUUUUGUAUGUAGAUGUUCUUCCCCCCCCCCCGGGCCGCUGUGCUUACUUUAACUCUGAAGUUGCUAUGCCUUCUUACACAAACUUGUAUUUAAAAGCAGUGUUGUGUCUCGAAUGACACAAACGCAUACUGUACAUUGUUACGUAUUUUUUGUUCAGGUGUUGGUUGCUUUAACUCAACAUCUUGCCACACUUGUCGAGUCCUUGAUGAGUGAACUUGAGAUUCUCCUCCGUAUUUGGUGUUUGGCUAGUUUUUAGUUUGGAGUUUCAGCACGUGUGUGUGUGUGAAUGCGAGAGAUUAGAUGCUCUCAUCCUCUGGGCCUGAGCUAUUGAUGGAGAAGUGCUCGCACAGAGUCACAUUUGCACAUUUGUAUUUCUUCACACUUGCUCGCUGUGUGAAAUAUACACCACAAAAGAUUUUUUUUCCCCCUUUCAUAAACCAAAAUCAAAAAAAUACAUUGUAUCACAGGAGUACUGUUCCUAUUUUAACAGAACUCUUGCUUGUUUUUUUUCUUAAAUGGUCGAUCAUGCACAUUUUUUAAUCAGCCAUCAUAACUUUGAGUGUCCAGUAGUGUAUUGUAUAUGUACAAUAGCAAUAUAGAAAAAUACUACCUGGUGUCAAUGCAUGCCACGGCAUUAUUGUCUUUGUAGGAAGAUAGCAGAAGGCUGAUCGUUCUCAGUAACACGUGAUGCCUUACUUCGACUUCUUUCACUUGUCAUCUGUUUAGUUGCAUCAGCUUGCUUGGCAUCAUCGUGACUGAUUGUUUGCGUUUGUCUGACUGACUGGUCAGUUGUUUUAAUCACAGCAGUACUCUGUGACUUUCUCGACAUGAAAGAAGAGGGAGCCUUGUUUUUUUUUUUUUUGCUGUUUUGAUUUGUGCAAUGCAGAUGUGAGACAUCCAAAUGAAGGUACAUGAUCUUCCCACCUGGUGCUUCACUGAGGAUUUGAAAAAACAAGCCUUAUGCGUUCUCAUCGGUUUGAUUUAUUCCUCCCGUAUCAGCAGCCUUCACUUCAGUGCUGUCAAUGUGCUCUUGCUCAACUUUCUCCAUUUCAAUAAAAGAUGUAUCUCA